AUGUAUGCUGGAAAAAAAGCUGCUGGCUCACCAACACGCCAUCAACCGUCAGAUCUGGUGCAACACGAUUCAAAAACCAGGAACAUAUGGGUCUAUAAUUUGGGACCCAGGGAAGAAGGCAUGCCUCGGGGUGAGUCAUCCAGGUUUGAGGUACAAAGUAUGACACAGAAUUAUCACGACCUGUUAAUCACUACACUUCCUGCAGAUGCCUGGUUUGCUGCACGAUUACUUCCAAAAGUUUUUCGAUUUGAUUCCCUUGCAAUUCUUGAGCCAAACUACAGCAGUCGCAAAACAUUAUAUUGGAUUAAUAGUCAAACAUGGAUAGAAGAAGAGGAUCACAGAAACAGUAACACAACAGUAGCUGUGAGUUACAUCUAG